AUGGAAUUCAAAGUUGGAACUAUUUCAACUAAGGCUGAUUUAACUACCAAAGAACUUAGCUACGCAAAAAAGGAAAUCAAGAGUGCGGUAAGAAAAGUCGACACUUUGCCUUUUGCUUUGACCCCUAAAACUCCAAAUGGAGCAACUCCAAAGUUGAAAGACAUUAUGAAGGCUCAAAAACAACACCGUGAAACUAAAGUUGAUGAAGACAAACCCACUUUUAGAGUGUGCAUAAGAAUUCCAGAUACCAUGAAAAGAGUUAAUAUCCCUGCGAUUGGAAAGAAAAUUGAUGCGGUUGCACAAAAGCCGGUGGCUCAGGAAAUAGGCUAUACUGUCAAAGGGCAUUUAUAUGUUCAACUUAAUGACAAAGAUUUUGCUGAUAAAGCUGCAGAAUGGAUCCCCAAAGUUGACCCUACUUAUUCAGUGCUUGACACAGAUUCUUGGUACAAGGCUGUACUUCAGGAAAUACCUAAUACGGCAUCGAUUGAAGACUUGAAAGAAACUCUCUACAAUUUUAAUGAUUACCAUAUUGUUUUGAAUACCGAACCCAAAAUCAUUAGCAGAAACCAAUUUACCCAAACAGCAUUGGUUUCAUUCAGAAAUGCCCAAGACUAUGCAAAGUGUGCUGAUAAUCUUAUUAUCCAGUACACAAAAGUUAAAGUUAGACCUUUUAUUAGCAGAAAAAAACUCCUGAAGAACUCCAAGCUAUGCGUAAUAAGAUACGAUUAUUGA